AUAGAGCAGGAUACUUCGACCCUUAUGAAACACAGACUCCAUACAAUGCAGCAAAUGGAUUCGGAUAUUCCUGCCUGCGAUUGCAAGGACAACUGCCUUAACUUAUUCGACUGUGCCUGUCUUGAGCGCCCUAAACGGCUCAAUUAUGAUCCAACAGACGAGUUGAUGCUGCAGUUGCUCCCGUGGCAACAGGACUUUUCCCGCUCCAUCUACGAGUGCAAAAGCAAAUGUUCCUGCCAAAAGACUGUCUGCAUAAAUAGAGUAUUCGACGUGGGGAACAAAGGACGAGGCGUGCGAGCCUCGCGAUCUUUACGCCGGGGGGAAUUCGUGUGUUGGAAUCACGUCUAUGUGAUGCAAACAUCGCUGACUAUUGUCGAUGGCGCGCAUAACGUAACCGACGUCCGGACUGAACUGCCAAUAACUAGCCUCAUCAACCACUCCUGUGACCCCAAUAUGGCAGUUAUGCCAAUUCGAGUUGACACAAUGCAGCCCCUCUUAGCGUUGUUUGCAAUUAAGGAUAUUAAACAGGACGAGGAACUUACCUAUGAUUAUUGCCUAAGGUCGGGGCAAGACGUUGUACCCAAGGGCAAGCCGUGCAAUUGUGGAGCCAGGUACUGUCAAGCGUUUCUCCCGUUUUGUGUCUAG